UGGCGCUCUCAUUGUGAGAUUCAACUGUGUCUGUCGCCACAGCGUAAUAAACCUGAGAUAUAACGUCUAGUUUUUAGCCGUUUCCCUGUUUACCGCGAAUCCAACAGGCGCAACACGAAGAAACUGUCAGCAUGCAUGUGAUUAAACGAGAUGGACGCCAGGAGGCCGUUAGCUUUGAUAAAAUCACAUCUCGCAUCCAGAAGCUUUGCUAUGGCCUCAAUUCUGACUUUGUGGACCCCACCUCCAUCACGAUGAAGGUGAUCCAGGGUCUGUACAACGGAGUGACCACUGUAGAGCUGGACACUCUGGCAGCAGAGACCGCCGCCACCCUGACUACCAAACACCCCGACUACGCUAUCCUGGCUGCACGUAUUGCCGUGUCGAACCUGCACAAAGAGACCAAGAAAGUCUUCAGUGAUGUCAUGGAGGACCUGUACAGUUAUGUCAACCCCAUCAACAAGCGUCACUCCCCCAUGAUCUCCAAGGAGACACUUGACAUUAUCCUUGAAAACAAGGCUCGUCUCAACUCUGCCAUCAUUUACGACAGAGACUUUUCCUACAACUUCUUCGGUUUUAAGACUCUUGAGCGAUCGUACUUGUUGAAAAUAAAUGGCAAAGUGGCUGAGAGACCCCAGCACAUGUUAAUGAGAGUGGCAGUGGGGAUUCAUAAAGGAGACAUUGACGCCGCCAUCGAGACGUACAACCUGCUGUCAGAGAAGUGGUUCACACAUGCUUCCCCCACUUUGUUCAACGCCGGGACCAACAGGCCACAACUGUCCAGCUGUUUCCUGCUGGCCAUGAAAGAUGACAGCAUCGAUGGCAUUUAUGACACACUGAAGCAGUGCGCCCUCAUUUCUAAGUCAGCUGGGGGCAUCGGACUGGCCGUCAGCUGCAUCAGAUCUACCGGCAGCUACAUUGCCGGGACAAACGGUACGUCGAACGGACUGGUUCCUAUGCUAAGGGUCUACAACAACACAUCACGCUAUGUUGACCAAGGAGGCAACAAGAGGCCAGGUGCGUUCGCUGUCUACCUGGAGCCGUGGCAUUUCGAUGUGUUUGACUUUUUGGAGUUGAAGAAGAACACGGGCAAGGAGGAGCAAAGAGCCAGAGACCUCUUCUUUGCCAUGUGGAUCCCAGACCUUUUUAUGAAACGAGUGGAAAGCAAUCAGGACUGGUCCCUGAUGUGCUCCAAUGAAUGUCCCGGGUUAGAUGAGUGCUGGGGAGAAGAGUUUGAGAAACUCUACACCAGAUAUGAGAAGGAGGGACGGACUAAGCGUGUGGUGAAGGCUCAGCAGCUGUGGUAUGCCAUCAUUGAGUCCCAGACAGAAACCGGUACUCCGUACAUGCUCUACAAGGACGCCUGCAACAGGAAGAGCAACCAGCAGAACCUAGGAACCAUCAAGUCGAGCAACCUGUGCACAGAGAUUGUAGAGUACACGAGUAAAGAUGAGGUCGCCGUGUGUAACUUGGCUUCCAUCGCCCUCAACAUGUACGUCACGCCAGAGAAGACCUUUGAUUUCCAAAAGCUUGCAUCCGUCACCAAAGUGAUCGUAAAGAACCUGAACAAGAUCAUCGACAUCAACUACUACCCUGUGCCUGAGGCUGAGAGAUCCAACAAGCGGCAUCGGCCAAUUGGAAUCGGCGUGCAAGGUCUGGCUGACGCCUUCAUCCUGAUGCGUCACCCCUUUGAGAGCCAGGAGGCCCAGCUGCUCAACAUCCAAAUAUUUGAAACCAUCUACUAUGCUGCUCUGGAGGCCAGCUGUGAACUUGCUGCAGAGUUUGGGCCAUAUGAAACCUACGCUGGUUCUCCUGUCAGCAAAGGGGUCCUUCAGUAUGACAUGUGGGAGCGAACCCCAACAGAUCUGUGGGACUGGAGAGCCUUGAAGGAGAAAAUAGCCAAGCACGGCGUUCGGAACAGCCUGCUCUUGGCCCCCAUGCCCACAGCCUCCACGGCCCAGAUCCUCGGCAACAAUGAGUCCAUCGAGGCUUACACCAGCAACAUCUACACCCGCAGAGUGCUCUCGGGAGAGUUCCAGAUUGUCAAUCCUCACCUGCUGAAGGACCUCACAGAGAGAGGCCUGUGGAGCGAUGAAAUGAAGAACCACCUCAUAGCUCAGAACGGUUCCAUCCAGGCCAUCGAGGGCAUCCCAGCUGAUCUGAAGCAGUUGUAUAAAACCGUGUGGGAGAUCUCUCAGAAGACUGUCCUGAAGAUGGCGGCAGACCGCGGCGCCUACAUCGACCAGAGCCAGUCUCUGAACAUCCACAUCGCUGAGCCCAACUACGGCAAACUGAGCAGCAUGCACUUUUACGGCUGGAAGUUGGGCCUGAAAACUGGUAUGUACUAUCUGAGGACCAAGCCUGCUGCCAACCCCAUCCAGUUCACUCUGAACAAAGAGAAACUAAAGGACGCCCAACCAGAUAAGAGUUCAGAGACCAAGGAGCGCAACGUUGCAGCCAUGGUGUGUUCACUCGCCAAUAAAGACGAGUGUCUCAUGUGUGGCUCCUAGGUCCAUCACUUGAUGAGCACCACUUCUUCAUCAUGAACAUUUUAUGUCCUCAUGGGGAUUUUUUUUAACAUGCAGCUUUGUGGUUAAUGUUAUUUGCUGUGGUGUAGGGCCGCACGGUGGUCUAGUGGUUAGCAUGUUGGCCACACAGUCAGGAGAUCGGGAAGAUGUGGGUUCUCUGUGUGGAGUUUGCAUGUUCUCCCCGUGCGUGCGUCCAGGUACUCCAGCUUCCUUCCACAUCUCCACAUCAUGUAUGUUAGGUUCAUUGGCGACUCUAAAUUGUCCAUAGGUAUGAAUGUGAGUGUGAAUGGAUGUUUGUCUAUAUGUGCCCUGUAAACGGCUGGCGACCAGUCCAGGGUGUACCUCGCCUCUCGCCCGAAGUCAGCUGGGAUAGGCUCCAGCAUACCCCCGCCACCCUAAUGAGGAUAAGCAGCACAGAGAAUGGAUGGAUGCUGUUGUGUAUUAUUGUGUGUAUUGUAUGGAAUAACAGGAUGCAAUUAUUUACCUCCAAGUAUGUUUUUAAGCAGUUUAUCAUAGAAACGAACUAUAUUCUCAGGGCAUUGAAUCGAUCGCAACUGGACUGUUCAGGUUGUCUUGGAAGACACUUCACCUCUCAUAGGAGCAGGCUACUCGGUAGGACAGCUCGACCUGGGGAUAGGGAUUGGUGCAAAGUAUUUAUGCUCUCAGGGUAGAGGCAUGCUCAGACAAGAAGGGUUUCACUCUUGUGGUGCAAAAUGACACACCUGAACAGUCCGGUUGCAAUCUGAGAAUACUCUGACCUGGAUGAGUGAGAAUAUUCAUAGGAGACUUGUUUGUCUGUGUAUUUUAAAUGCUUUAAAUGUAUUAGACACUAUCAUCACAUAAUUUAAGAGCAUGUGAACUUUUUUUUUUUUUACUUCCACUACAAGAAGUAUACAGGAUGUCUUCAUAAUCUGCGUUGUCAGAAAUGAUACUUUGUUUUGAUUGGCACAUACUUUAGAUAUGAAUUUAUGACUGUGGCUGGUCAUUUGCAGUGGGGCACACAUAACUGCACUCAAUGUACGAUAGGAGGCCAAAGGUUGAAGAUGUUUCAGGAGAAUGCAAAAGUGUCUACAAAGUUUUGACAGGUUUGACGACACGUGGAAAUGGGACCUUUGUGUUGAUGUGCUGACGUAACAAAAGUAGUGGACAGUGUUUGCCCAGAUGGGAUGUGAGCUCAUACAGUACUGUAAUUAAUCCGUUUUGAAUGAAUGAAUAUGAAUAUGAAUAUGAUGCAGUCCUGUGGUUGCCAUAGAAACUACACUAAAUGCUUCCCCACAUGUUAAUUAUAUUAUUUAGUGACAGGAUAAGUAACAGUGGCAUGACGGCAAGGUGCUUACUGUUUUUCCAGUGGAAUAUUUGGGAUGCAGUGUCCCCUCGGUGACACUGAAGG